AUGGUGGCUCUAAGGACGCUCUAUGGCGUAGCCGCAGUUGGAGGAAUGGUCACAGCGCUCACAGGCUACACACUUCACGGAAUAUUGCAGAAAAGGGUGCGAGACUCUCCUGUUUAUAAGGAGACGAUGAAAAUAAUCAACACUAAUCCUGUUGGUUCAAGAUGUCUAGGUGUUCCUGUACGAAGCGAUAACGUUGAUGUUACAAACAGCAACAAUAUUUUGUCUCAGAGAUAUUGCCAGUUAGAACUCCCGGUGUAUGGUUCUAGAUGUAAGGGAAAGAUAUAUUUGCAAGCGGACAGGCUCACAGCUGAAGACGAGUGGAAUCUGUACAAGUUAGAAUUAGAAGUUCUUGAUGAUCUUGGUGGAAAAGUGAACAUAAUCAAUAAAGAACCUGCAUUGCAAAAGGAGACAACUUCAUUUUAA